AACGUAUCCACAUUUGUGCUGUCGCAUUUGACAUGGCCUCAGAAACCUGGAGGUGUGCUCCCGCAUCAGGUAAUGCUUCUGGGAUCCCAGGAGCUACUACUGCAGGGGUUCCAGCACAAGGGAGCACAGGAAGCCAGAGAAGGCAUACCACUGUCUGUUCCCCCAUGUGAUGAGGAAGGAGCAGAGAGAGUAUUAUUAAGCUUGCUAACAUUUUGCCACAUCAUCUUGCAUUCUGUCUGGUCUAUUGGAGCCACCCCAGGGGAACGUUACAAAAGGAUUGCAAAUGGGUGCCUAUCCAAUGAAGCAGGCUACCAGGUUUUUGUCACUAAUAGUCAACAGUCUUCCAGAUGUGGAGGCUCCCUGAUCUCUUCCAAGUGGGUCCUCACUGCUAAACACUGCAAUAAAGCUGAUCUUACUGUGUACUUGGGCAUCCGUGAUCUUACCAAGCUGAAUAAACUACAUGCACGUACUGGUGAUGCACAUCCACACCCUGAACAUGACAUCAUGCUCAUCAAGCUGCAUAAGGAAGCUCCCCGUAUGGCCCCAACUGUCAGUCUCCCUAAUAACUGCAAAGACAAAAGGCCCCCAAAAGACAUUGAAAAAGAACAACUUCUUGUUGCUGGAUGGGGACUUGACGAAAAGGGAACUAAACCUGACAUAUUGCGAUGUGUGAGAAUUGAAAGGACUGCUUCAUGUCCAGUGGAGGAAACAUUUUGUGCUGGAACAGAACACACAGGAACUAGUCCUGGUGACUCUGGAGGAGGUCUUGUGUUUGAAAAGAAGAACAUGGUGUAUGGAGUGACACGUAGUGGCUGUCAGAUUGGCUGUACCUCCUUCAUGAAUGUGUGUUACUUCCUGCAGUGGAUCAAAGAGGAGAUGAAAAAAUAGC